GUGUGUAUUCACGCUGCCGUGGGGAAGGGGAGCUCAGCCCCCUGACACAGCCCAUUGGCUGCUGCAGCUGUGCCAACUUCUCCACUUCUCCUUGACUUGACGAGGACAGAAAGUUGUAUUUAGGCAAAGAAACGUGGACAGGACGGGGACCGUGAAAAGUGGAGGGAUUUCCAGGCAAACUAGAAAAUAAUUGAAACCAGAACAGACAGUUUAAAAGUUGUUGCCCUUGUUGUCAGAGCUGCUGCUGCUGCUGCUGUUGGAAACUCUACUCCUGUGUUAGACCGCGCUGUCAGCAUGACAGAAAAACCUCCUCUGGACAGUGCUGAGGACAGAGAUUGGCUCGGUGAAGGCCGCUCUCAGUCUCAGCUCACUGGUCCUGAAGGACCUGAAAACAACAAUGGAGACCGACCCGCAUGGGAUUCAAAGAUCCAGUAUGUCCUGGCCCAGGUGGGAUUCAGCGUCGGCUUGGGGAACGUGUGGAGAUUCCCGUAUCUUUGCCACCAAAAUGGAGGAGGUGCCUUCAUGGUCUUGUAUGUUUUUCUUCUCCUGAUCAUUGGAGUUCCUCUCUUCUUCAUGGAGUUAGCAGCUGGUCAGAGCAUUAGACAGGGCAGCAUCGGUGUAUGGAAGCAUAUCUCCCCAAACCUGGCUGGGAUCGGCUAUUCCAGCUGUAUGGUCUGUUUCUAUGUGGCUCUUUACUACAACGUUAUCAUUGCAUGGAGCCUGUUCUACAUGGGGAACUCGUUUCAGUAUCCUCUACCCUGGGAGCACUGUCCGCUGAACCCAACCACUAAUUCCACAGUGAAAGAAUGUGCAGGCAGCUCUGCAACAUCAUACUUUUGGUUUCGGAAAGCGCUCAACAUCACCAACUCUAUCGAGGAAUCUGGAGAAAUGAACUCCAUCAUGACCGGCUGCUUGUUGGCAGCUUGGACGAUAGUGUGUUUGGCCAUGAUUAAAGGCAUCAAGUCUUCUGCAAGGGUGAUGUACUUUUCCACUGUCUUUCCAUAUGUGGUGCUGUUCAUUUUCCUCAUCAGAGGGUUGAUGCUGGAUGGUGCAUUUGAGGGAAUAACCUUCAUGUUUUAUCCUAGGCUUGAGAUUUGGGGUAAUGUGCAGGUGUGGCGACAGGCUGCCACACAAGUCUUUUUUGCCCUGGGCCUUGGCUAUGGCUCUGUUAUUGCCUACUCCUCCUACAACCCCUAUCACAACAACUGCCACAGAGAUGCCCUCAUGGUCUCUGGCAUAAACUUCAUGACGUCUGUGCUGGCCUCGCUGGUGGUUUUUGUCGUGCUGGGUUUUCGUGCCAAGAACAUAGCGCUGCGCUGCAUGGCUAAUAACCUUGGUUUGCUGAGCACCAUGGCCUCACAUGGAUCUGACCAGCAGUGGUGGCCGACGUUCAACGUGACUGAUCCAGACUCUGUGUCCUUAGCUGACUACAGAGAGUGGUACAGUCACUACAGCACAGUGGUGGGCCCCAACAUCACUGACUGCAACCUGGACGAGGAGAUGAAUAAGGGUGUGGAGGGAACAGGCCUGGCAUUCAUCGCCUUCACUGAGGUGAUGGCCCUCUUCCCAGCCAGUCCCUUCUGGUCCACACUGUUUUUCCUCAUGCUGCUCAACCUGGGCCUCAGCACCAUGUUUGGGACCAUGCAGGGAAUCCUCACGCCUCUCAUGGACAACUUUAGCUUCCUGGGACGCCACAGGACUGCGCUGACUGUGGGCAGCUGUGUUCUGGGCUUCGUCCUAGGACUUCUAUUUACGCAGCGCUCAGGCAACUACUUUGUGACGAUGUUCGACGACUACUCAGCCACCCUGCCAUUGGUCAUUGUGGUUGUGUUUGAAACCAUAAGUGUGUCGUGGGUUUAUGGAACCGACCGCUUCUUGGAUGAUAUUGAAGUCAUGCUCAAAUGGCGCCCUCCAGUGGUGUAUAAGUACCUGUGGAAAUAUGUCUGCUUACUGGCAAUGAUUGGUCUUCUGGCGGCCAGUUUGUUGCGCAUGGUCUUCAAAUCUCCCACGUACACAGCCUGGAAUCAGAACACAGCUUCUGAGAUGACUCUGGAAUAUCCUGGCUGGGCCCUGGCUAUGAUUGUCCUGCUCAUCGUGUUUGCCAGCCUGCCCGUACCUAUUGGCUACAUCCAUUCCAUGGUGAAAAAACGCCAGCUCCGUAUCAGCGGCUCUGAUGAAGGCCGUGUGCAGGAGACUCACCGUGAGAUGUACACCAAAUGCAGUUCCACGGAGCAGCUGGACUCUGACUCCCAGCAGCGAGCCCCUCCCGAGGACAGCGGGAUUCACCCCAGGACUGCCUUCCUGUCAGUGGGCAACGAACACUACCGGCUCCUGCCCCAGCAGGAGGAGGAGGAGGAGGAAGAGGAGGACACAGGAGUGUGAGCAUUGAUACAUUCUGUGAGAAAGAACAAAUUGUUUUGUUUAUUAAAGGGACGACAUUAAAUCAAAUCAAGACUUUCAUCAAAGUCUGUACUAUUUAUAAAGUUAAUAACCAAACAUAUCAGUAUCAUUUUUUAAAUCUAUGACCUCCGUUGAAAUACCUCUAUUACUUUUCUAAACAUAUCAUCAUGUUUAGGAAAAAAUAAAACACUCUCUUUAAAAAAAAAAAAAAAAGGUUUCUGUUAAAUAUUUGUUGAUGUUCCUGUGCCAGUGUCUUGUUUUCUUACCAAGUUUGAACAAAAAAUGAUUGAAGUAAUUAUUGAAUGGUUACCAUUUAUGCCUACGAGUGAAAGAAAUCAGGUUUUGGCAGAAUUCUGAACCACUGAAGUGAUUUAAAUAAACAAGGACAAUUACUGACAUUACAAGUGGUUGAUCCCCAGUCAAAGUGUCUGUUGAUGACAUCAUCACCAUCUUUAGUACUUUUGUAGAUCACACCUCGGCUGCAUUUCUAAAUCACUUGUCUCCUCCAAACUACCUCUGUUUUCUUCUUUGUCUCGCUGAAACUCUAUAUGUAUAAAUAUUAGGGAUGUCCAACCUUAACUUUUGUCGAUAUUCGAUAUAUCGAUAUUGUCCAAACACUUAAUUUCCAACACAGAGAUAGGCUUGACAAUAUUUAUUUGUUAAUGCCGCCAUCUUGUGACUUUUACUUUAAUAUACCACAGUUUAUCCCGAAAACUAUUAGUAGGUCACACAUCAUUUGUUUUGUUGUUUGUUUCAUUAUCGGUGGAAAAACCAAUAAUGAUUCUUACAGAUAUUACUUAAUAUGCUAAUAUGGGCUGAUAAUAUUGGUUGGCUGAUAUUAUCGGACAUCCCUAAUAAAUAUAUAGAUAUAUAUAUAUAUAUUUAUGAUAUACAAUACUGUAUAUAUUUAUGUUUUCUCACUACGCAUUACAAAAAUUCAAAGGUUUGGGCAAACUCUGACUGACUUUUCUGGUGUCAGAGGGUACAGUAAACCAGUCGUCAAUAUAAUUAGUUAAUCAGUGGAACCUGAUGUUGUCCCAAAAGAAAACUACUAAUAAUAAUAUUAUUAUUAUUACUACUACUACUAUACUAUCACCCAUUAGUCAAAUAUAUGCUACUUAGGAUGAUUCUGUUCCUAAUCUUUAACUCGAUGUUAGAAGUGACAUCAUGAGUCAGAUACGCCGCUCAGAUUGAGCUGUUGUCACUGUGACUGUUGUUGUAGUUGUUGAUCAAACGUUUUUUCAUCUCUCACCCUUUAAACUAGUGGACAGAUUAAACUAGAGCAUGAUCGUCACUUUAUCAACUUGUUUUCAUAUUUCUGUCACAGUGGUUGUUUUCAUAUUACAACUUGAAAUAACAACGUAUUGCAGUCAGAUUGUAGUUGCAGCAAAUGUCGGCCCAAUAAACGGUGAUGGUAAUGAUUCGCAUGAAAACAUUCUGCCUUGAGAAACUGUGAUGAGUCUUCUUCCACUGCAGUUGAGUUGGAUUUGUUCAGUGUUGAUUGUACUUUUUGAUGAUGUCAUUUUACCUCGUCUUUUUGGUCACGGUGUUCAGAUGUGUAGCAGUAUUGUGUAUUAAUAAAUAAAGCUGUAGAUGAUGUAGUACUUAAA